UCUUCCGGCUGCGGAGCUUCAAGCAGAAAAACCAGAAAGCGAACAAGCGCGAUUGCUAACGUCUGACAGGCUGGUCGAUGAGGAGAUUUGCAGAUGUCUUAUUACUCGUUGGCUCUGUAGUUGACGUGACGCUAGACUCCUAAUAUGAUAUCUGGACUGUCUUCCGUUUCAUGAUUUUCUUGCAACUCGCACCAAUGAUUGAUCCUAAAGAGAUGCAGACUAUCCGGCAUUCUGAAGACGCACUGAGGACCGCUCUGAUCUCUAGGAGACAGGAUUUGAUGGAUCGCUACAACAAGUAUAGCCCUGGGGAGCGACGGCUACUAGAAGAUUGCCUGCGCUCUGAUAGUACACUCUUCCAUCCCAUUACAUUGCAUUCCCCAUCAGAUUGGAUCCUAGCUCAUCCAGAAUCUACACAGGACUUUGAAGCCUUCUACAAGAACCCCUAUCGGAAGACUCCCAACAAAGGAAGGAAUACCGUGUAUAUUCUGACAAUUGGUUCAUUUGGCACUUCUGAAGAUAGCACCAGGCUGUAUGUGGAGUGGCUGCAGGAGUACUGUGAAGCGUUUUAUUAUGGUCUUGCAGUCAGACUCCUGGAGCCAGUUUCUGUUUCUGAAACGGCUUGUGCCUUCCGGAUCAAUGAGAACACGUGCAAUUUACAGAUACAUGCAGGUAGUCUUCUUCAUUACUUGAAGAAGAGGAAACCUAAAGAUGCCUUCUGCAUUGUAGGAAUCACAAUGAUUGAUUUGUAUCCUGAGGACUCCUGGAACUUUGUAUUUGGACAAGCUUCUCUUACAGAAGGGAUGGGCAUUUUUAGUUUUGCCAGGUAUGAUGACAACUUUUAUAGUCGUGAGUACAAAGGUCGGAUACAGAAAUCAAAGAAGCUGACUCCUGGAGACUAUUCCAUAUUCAACAGUUACUAUACCCCACCUGUGACCAGUGCUCUACUGUAUCGCUCAUGCAGAACACUGACACAUGAAAUUGGUCAUAUUUUUGGGUUGAAGCACUGCCAGUGGAUGCAAUGUGUGAUGCAAGGGUCAAACCAUCUUGAGGAAUCAGACCGAAGACCCUUGGACCUUUGCCCUAUCUGCCUGCGCAAGCUGCAAUCCGCUACUGGUUUUAAAAUUGCAGAAAGGUACAAGGCCCUGCUUCGGUGGAUAGAAAGUGAUUUAACUACAGACAUCCAUAUGGAAGUGGCGAAAAGAGCUCAGAAACCCACUGCAGCAUUUGAAGAAUCUAGAAAGUGGCUAAUGGAAUGCUUGUGCUUAAUUGGUGACUAAUAUCCCUUAAAUGGAUCUAGGACGGCAGAAAGCUUUUAACCUCUUGUGCCACAAAGAUGUAAUUGUCAACUAAUUUGUAUACUGUUCAAGAAAAUGAGGGGAACACUUAAUCAAUGAUCACAGUCUAACACCAAGUCAAUUAAACCUCAGGAAUAUCAGUUUGUCCAGUUAGGAAGCACAAGAGAUUUUGAAUCAUCUUCGCCUGAUUUGAUGCAAAUGAAAGUGACAACUGGUGUAUUGGAGAGGCAACAGCAGAACAACCCCCAAAAAAGGAAAUGGUUUUACAGGUGGUGGCCACAGACAGUUGCUCUCUCCUCAUCUUUACGGAUUCUUCUCCAGUUUUGCAUUUUGCCAGUAUCCCUGUCACUACUGGUGGUAUGAGGAAAUACCUGCAGCCAAUUCAAGUUGCACAGGUAGUCCAGCUCCUCCAGGAUAGCUCAUCCAUAUGUGCUGUUUCAAGAAGGUUUGCCGUGUCUCCCAGCACAGUCUUUAGAACAUGGAGGAGAUACCAAGAUGAUAUGGGCCGCUACAUGAGGAGAGCUGGACAGGGCUGUAGAAGAGCAUCCUCCCAGCAGCAGAACCAGUCAAAGAACCAGAGAGAGCACUGCCAUAACCCUACAAAAUGACCUCCAGCUGGGUACAGGUGUACAUGUCACGGACUAAACUGUCAGAAACAGAAUGCCUAGACGUCAGGAGUGCACACAAGCACAUGGGGGCCAUACACACUACUGAGUCACAUUAGGCAUUGUUGUGAUGAAAUUCAUGCAAGUUGGAUCAACCUGUGAUUUCAGUUUCUAAUUUUGAUUUUUGGUGUGAUGUUAAAUUUUGGUUUCCUUUGACCAUUGUUACAUCAUUUUAUUCUCAAUGGAUUACACAGUAUUACUCAGUAAAGAUUUUCCACUUGAAUAUUUUGAUAUCCGAUGUGUGAUUUAAGUGUUCCCUUUAUUUUUUUGAGCAGUGUAUUUACUAACUGCACAACCUGUCUAUAUGGUAGUAGCAGCUAAUAGCUACCCCCUGUACGUGUCUGAUCAUAUUUAUAAAAGCAAAGAGAGUGACUGACAAGUAAAAUCAUUUACUUGGUCUGUUUAAUCACACACUAAAGAAAAAAAA